AUGGCUGGAGUUGAGGGGUUCUUGCCACUGAUUUACACCGUGACGGGCAUAAGCAACCUGCCCGUUUGGUAUAAACCGGGGCCACCAAGUUCAGUUUCUAGCACGAACUCUCAUAUAGUGCAGCUACUCUUAAUGGGUUUUGUAGAAACCAAAAGAUACAUGGAUUUCAGAACUCCUGGCUCUCAAGCCAAAGAGGGUUCUUUCUUCGGAUUAGAAGCUUCCUUUGAAGGGCUUGAACCCGGGUAUCCCGGUGGCCCGUUGCUCAAUCCACUUGGACUAGCAAAAGAUAUCAAGAAUGCUCAUGAAUGGAAGCUUAAAGAGAUAAAAAAUGGGAGAUUGGCAAUGGUGGCAAUUCUUGGAAUCUUUGUUCAAGCAAAUGUCACACAUGUUGGCCCUAUUGAUAAUCUCAUCCAACACCUUUCUAACCCUUGGCAUACAACAAUCAUUCAAACAGUUUUUGGAUCUAAAUCUUGAUACUUUUGUGAUAGGGGAAUGAAUUCUUUAAAUGUUUCAUUGCAAUAGUUUGAUAAAAGUGGUCUGAUUUUCUUGCA